CCCAAACGCUUGUUUGGUUAGUUGAGUCAAGUGUGAUAGUAUUGUCUGCCCUCAUUCAUCGUGGAAGGCGGGUACGAUGUCGUGAGACCGACAAUAACAACACUUUUGCCAUGCCAAAAGGAAGAUAGACGAUGAGCGCCCACCAUACCCACGCCGACAACCGGCGGACCUCCUCCGGGAGACACCAUCAACAAGAUGAGGACGCUCAUCGCGAGGACUUCGACGAGAGACCGUCACUCAUGCUCACGCGGACGAGAUCCCAAGAAUUCAGCAUGACGGAAAGCAUAGCCAUCCAGGAAUCUCUUCCACCCGAGCGACCCAAACACCUGUCUGGAGUCGGCCACGAGGCUGACGAACUUGAACCUAGGUGGCCUCACUCAAUCCGAUAUCUCGUUCUACUUUGCGCGUUUCUGACAAGUCUGAGCUUCGGCGUCACUCAAGUUCCUCUGCUCUACGUCUUCAGAUUGAUGACCUGCGACGCUUACUACAAGCACCACCCAUCGUCAUCGCCACCCUCAGCCUCAGCCUGGCCUUCGUCCCAGAGUCCAAGUCUACACACGGUCAAUAUCCUCGCAUACGCCUACGACUUCAGCAGCAACAGCAACAGCGAGAACACGCCAGACCGAUGCUCCAUCCACCCCAUUGAAAGCUCCACCGCACUUUCCGUCUCCUUACUGGGCGCCAGCACCACCGUCUUUGGACUACUCAACCUCUUUCUGACCGGCAGCCUGAUCAAACGGAUCGGCGUUAAGCCCACCCUGGUCAUUCAAGUCUUCUUCCCGGCCUUGCGACUGCUGGUCCAGAACAUCGGCGUCGAAGUCUGGGGUAGCACCGGGAUAAUCAUCAUCCAGUGCUCUCAGAUCGUCAGCAUCAUCGGCGGUCCUUCCGGGUACCUUUUGGUGCUGAACACCUUCAUCACCGAAGUCGUCGAGUACGAAGGGCGGACUGCCGCGCUAGGCCGGCUCACGGGCGCAAUGAUGUUUGGUUCCGCCAUCGGCUUCCUUCUAGGCGGUGUCGUUGCAGAAGUGUUCGGGAUCAAGGCGCCAUUCCGACUGACGUUCAUCCUUUUUAUGAGUGCAUGCGCCUACGUCGUUCUUUUCUUGCCACAUAUUCCACCCGCUCCACAGACAGUGGAAGAAUCCGAGUCCGGAAAAGGCAGGAAGAGCAAGAAGAAAGGACUGAGACGCUUCCUGGGCCCACUUGCGGUAUUCGCACCCAGAAAGUUUAUAGGCAGAGACGGCGUUGUGCGCACGGAAUAUGGUGCCUUCCUGCUUGCUUGGGGAGUCUUUCUGGGUAUAUUGGCUACCGGCUACCUUCCAACCCUCUUACAACUCUACGCAACCGACGUCUUUGCCUUUGGCACCAAGCAAAACGGCUGGCUGAUCUUUAUGUAUUCGAUGCUGCGUGGUGUUUUCUUGACGUUCGCAUUUCCCAAGCUCAUUUCCGUCGGUCGGACAUUCAACACCAAACGCGAGCGAACGACUCUUGCUCGGCCGAAACACGAGAAUCCCUCCGAAGGUACUGCUGACGGCGAAGCAACGGAGAGAGAACCGUUGCUCGGAAGUCGACCUCGAGCAGAUUCCACCGACGCCGGUACCGACGAGGAAGACGUCAAGGAUGAUAGUCAGAAGGUUAAGAAGCAGCAGACGUUCACGUUCGACCUGACCUACACCCGUGGUUCCCUCAUCGCCGACGGCCUCCUCACACUCCUGUGCUCCUUCGUCCACACGAGCUGGCAGAUGUACCUAGUCGCCGCGGUCCUGCCCUUCGCCGCCGGUACGGGGUCCGCUUCCAAGGGCACAAUCCUCCAGAUGGUCGGGAGCAGCGCGACCAGCGCUGAGCGCACGGAUGCGCUUGCGGGCGUGAGUCUGGUGGAAAACAUGGCGAGACUAUCCACGACAUUUGUAUUUGGCGUCAUAUUCGCCGCCUUCGCGAGUAUAGGCCGCACAGAGUUGGUGUUUACCGUGAACGCGGCAGUCGCCAUCAUCGGAUUCGGCGUGUUACUAUUCGCACGGUUCCCGUUGGAAGGAAGCAGACCCGUUGAUGUCGAUGUCGAUCAGGAGGAAGACGACGACGACGACGACGACGACGACGAUUAGAAGACCACAUCAUCAAAACCUACAAGCCGACGGAGCAGGUUUCCGCACAUCACUAAUGCUGAAUGGGAUUGGAUGAUGCCCGUUAAACUCUAUAGGGUGGGUGGGUGUGAGUGUGUGAGAAAGCAUGAUAGACCCCACAAUUCCGGAUAUCAUAUUCCACAUCUCAUCCUUGCGACCAGAAUGAUAUUCCCCUGCUCGUCGACUGUGCGCUCAAGCCAUCGGAAUCCCCGUUCGGAGUGACUCGAGUUGUCGAGGGCUGAGCAUCUGCUCUAAUCCAAACACAUACAUGGAAUUCUUGUCCACCUCAUUCUCCUUCUCCUUCUGAAG